GGCCGAAACCAGUCGAGAGGGGCAGUGAGGCGGAGGCAAGUCUGCGGAGCAAAGAGACGACGACAGGACAGAAAAGUGAGAAGUGGGCACAAAGAGUAAAAGGGAGCCGCAAAAAUGAGAGGUCUCGGCUCGGUCACUCUGGUUCUUCUGUUGGUCCUCCUAACAGCUGCAGUAUUGGAGGCUGGUAAAAACAAAAAAGAAAAGGGCAAAGGCAAGAAUGGCUCAGAGUGUGAUGAGUGGCGCUGGGGGUCAUGCAUCCCAAAUAAUGGCGACUGUGGAGCUGGCAUGCGUGAGGGAACCUGCAAAGAAGAGACCAAGAAGUCCAAAUGCAAAGUGCCCUGCAACUGGAAGAAGGAGUUUGGAGCUGACUGCAAGUACAAAUUUGGCAACUGGGGAGAAUGCGAUGCCAACACGGGAACAAAAAGCCGUUCAGGCACCCUCAAGAAAGCCCUUUUCAAUGUCGAGUGCCAACAGACCAUCAAGGUGUCCAAACCCUGCACUACCAAGGCCAAGCCAAAGCCCAAAGGCAAGAAGGGGCGAGGGAAGGAGAACUAGGGCCUUUGGCUGCUGGCCAGACAAGUGGCCUCUGGGGGUCUCAGCCCCCGAUAUGCUGCCGUGGCUCCGGACUGGUUCCUGCGUACCUCCCAGAUCUACCUUGUGGGGUGGUCUUUUAUUUUUAUUUUUUAAUUUUAAUUUUGUAAGUGUCUUGUCAGUCUGUUUUUUGUAACGUCCAGUCCUCCUAGACGGCUUUGUGAGUUGGACUGCAGGGGCAGCGGCAAGAUGGACAGGACCAGUGGAUGCUGACCAGGCCGGUCUGACACUGCUUCUGCCUAAUUAGCCUCUCAAUUAGUUUCUAACAGAACUGAACCUUUGAGGAAGGGGGUGGGGUGGGGGGUUUCUCUGUGUCUCUUGUAUUUCGCGCCUCUUCUGUGCUUCUCUGGACCGAGCAGGACCGCCUCUUCCAGAGUGAGUGUCCGUUAUUUAAAGAUGUGCAAUUCCGGAAAUAAAGGAAAUCUUUGGAUGGAA